AACUCUGCAUAUUCAUGUACGCAAGAAAGGUCAAAACUUUGCAGCAGCAAAGCAUCCAUCUACCCUUCCUCCCCUCUCUUCUAUUCAAACCAACAUGUGUUUAUACAUUUCAAGAAAUGCGAUCUGGGAUAAUGUGGAGCUUAUGUUAAUAUAUAUAGAUGAAUCAUCAUGAUAUUUAACUCUCUGUUGUAACUUGUAAGACAUUUCAAAACUCAUGGAGGGUGGUUUAAAGAAGAAAGAUGGUGAUGAAGUCUUGGUUACAAUCAAAGAUAAUCAAGUUGUUUCUAAUAGUUUACAAGACCUGCCAUCUGGGUCUUACUCUUUCUCAGAGUACCUUCCAGUGGAUACUUCUUUAGGGCUGCUUCAAAGUCCUAGUUCAGCAACACAAGUGCCUGCAUUAACAAGCUUUUCCUCUGUCGAGAUUAUGAACUUAAGUCCGGCUCUGAAUACGUCUCCUAGAGUCCAACAAUCAGGCCUUACUCGACGAAGAUCAUUGGCGCGAUCAGUGUAUAGUUCAAGGUCCAAAUCUAGAUUAGCUGAGCCGCCUUAUCCCAGACAGCCGCCAAGGAAUUUGUCUCAUACAGCUUCACCUGUUAGUAAUCUUCAUUAUACUAAUACAGCUCCCACGACACCAAAAACGCCACUGCUGGCAUCACCUGCAGGAGAAGAGGAGGAUGACGUAUACAACGCUAAAAUCCUCGAGGUGAUUAAGAAAAAGGGUAAGAAGAUCAGGGUUAUGAUUUUACUUGAGUGGGUUGUGUUCAUUUGCAUAGUUGGAUUUUUGAUUGCUAGCUUAUAUAUUCCCAAACUGAGGAAUUGCACGAUAUGGAGCUUAGCUAUAUGGAAAUGGUCUGUACUUGUGCUGGUUAUAUUCUGCGGUAGAAUGCUAACAGGAUGGUUUACUAAAGUUUUAGUGUUUGGGAUUGAACGAAGUUUUAUACUAAAAAACAAGGUUCUCUACUUUGUCUAUAGUCUGAAAAAAGGUUUUCGGGUAUUCCUUUGGUUUGCUCUGAUUCUUCUAGCAUGGGGUUUAUUGAUCAACCGUGGAGUGAAGAGAUCAAGGGAAACUACUAAGAUAUUGAAUUAUAUCACGAGAGGGCUUGCCUCGUGUCUUAUUGGAGCAGCAUUGUGGAUGGUAAAGACUUUUCUAGUAAAGCUAUUAGCCAGUUCUUUUCAUGUCACCAAUUUCUUUGACAGGAUCCAGGAAUCCAUCCUUCACCAGUAUAUUCUUCGGACCCUUUCUGGACCCCGAUUAAUGAGGUUCUCUGGAAGGACUGAUAGUUGUAGGACUAGUGGUUGCUUAUGUCUCAGACGUCUCAAAAAAGGAAAGGAAGUGAGUAAGGAAGAGGUAAUUGAUAUAGAGAAGCUUAAGAAGAUGAGGAGAAAAAGGGUAUCCGCUUGGACCAUAGGAGGGCUGAUCAAGGUCAUACGAAGUUCAGGGCUGUCUACAGUUUCUGGGGCGCUUGAUGAGAUUGAUGACGAGGAGGAGCAUGGACAGAAACAAGGAUCUAUUACAAAUGAAUGGGAAGCAAAGGCUGCUGCUUACCGUAUAUUCAAUAAUGUAGCGAAGCAUGGCUCUAAGUUUAUUCAAGAGGACGACCUGUUAGACUUCAUGACGGUCGAAGAAGUGGAUAAGUUGCUGUUAUUGUUUGGGGAAGAAGGAGAAAAGGGACAAAUUAAGAAAUCAUCCUUCCGGGAUUGGGUGGUGAAUGUCUACAACGAACGCAAAAUUCUGGCUCAUUCACUGCACGACACCAAAACAGCCAUCGAGGAGCUGACCAAAGUUACCUCCGUCAUAGUAUUUAUUAUGAUUAUAAUCAUUUGGUUACUUUUGAUGGGCUUUGCGACAACCCAAGUCUUAGUCUUCAUCUCAUCUCAGCUUUUACUAUUGGUAUUCAUGAUUGGUAAUGCUUGUAAGACUGCAUUUGAGGCCGCCAUUUUUGUGUUUGUGAUGCACCCGUUUGAUGUUGGUGAUCGUUGCGUUAUUGAUGGGGUGCAGGUCAUAUUUUAUCCUGACCCAAUGAUUGUGGAGGAAAUGAACAUUUUGACAACAAUCUUCCUGAGAUAUGACGGUGAAAAGAUAGCAUAUCCCAAUUCUGUUCUGGCAACUAAAGCAAUCAGCAAUUUCAAUCGAAGCCCGGAGAUGGGUGAUUUUGUCAACUUUUCUGUAGAUGUAUCCACUUCCGCGGAGAAUAUUGUAGCAUUGAAAGCUAGAAUAAAGAAGUACUUGGAGAGCAAGCCUCAGCACUGGCGGCCUGAUCACAGUGUGCAGAUCAGGGAUAUAGAGGAUAUUAAUGAGAUGAAAAUGGCUCUUUACAUGACUCACACCAUAAACUUUCAAAAUUACGGGGAGAAGGCUAGUCGAAGAUCUGAAUUACUUUAUGAGCUCAAGAACAUUUUUGAAGAGCUUGGAAUCAAAUAUAGACUUCUACCCCAAGAAGUUCAGCUAAGAUAUCUAGAAAGUUCUGGCCCACCCGCAAGAAACAACAGUCAAACACAAAUGGCUAGUUCUUAGAAGAGCAAGGAUGGUCUGGGCAUAUGUGUUGAUAGUCAUUAUUAUUGGUUAUGAAGAGUAAAAAUGAUUACUGGCAAGAACCUCUUGGUAGUUUUACUAGUGGCCUAGUGCAGUGCACACUUUUUCAUAGUUCUUACUAUAUUGAUUGACGGAUUUUUGUAUGUACUAGAAAAUUUUUAAUGAUGAAGAGGAAUGAUUACUGUCAAGAA